AUGCCCGAGAAUAACAAACUCUCGGCGCUCGCGAGGCCCCCCGCGCCUCUGCUGAGACCACGACCGCCGAGGCCGCCGCCCCUCUUCAAGGAGAUCGACCCGCGCGCCCCUCCGUUGCCCGCGCCUCCCCUCAAAAAGAAACGCGCGAGCAGGCCCAAGGUCCGCACGGGAUGUCUGACCUGCAAGAUCCGCCGCGUCAAAUGUGACGAGCGGAAACCCACGUGUGCCCGCUGUCACAAGGCCGACGUCGAAUGUGACGGGUACUUCCCCCACAAUGAAACGGUAGCCUCGACCACCGCCGCCGGCCCUUGUCAUUCGUCCAGCGAGGAGGCCAGCCAGCCGAAGGGCACACACCAGCGCCACUACCACCGCCCGAUCCGCCCUCGAGCGGGCAUGCCGCCCUCCUUUCUGGGCGUGCCGCUGCUCGAGGGACUCGACGUUGUCUACUACGACCUGUUUCGGCACCGUUUGGUCCCGCACCUGGCGGGGUACCGGUACAAGGACCUGUGGUCGCGCAUCGUCCUCGAAGCCGGCAUGCGGGACGACUGCAUACGCCACUGCAUCCUGGCCGUCGGCGCCCUGACCAUGGCCGUGGCAGAAGUGCCCGCCUCGGCCAACGACGAGCCCCUGCGUGGGGGCCGACCGUCGGUGCUGACCCCCUGGACGCACAAGCAGAUCGUCAACGAGCACCACAAGCACGCCCUGCGCCACCACCUCAAGGCCGUCGCCGGCUUUCGCAAGAGCUUCCAGGAUCCGACGACCCUCUCGCCGCGGUGCGUCCACCUCAUGACCCUCAUCCUCAUCGUCUACGAGUUCAUGCAGGGCAACAACGAAGGCGCCAAGACGCUUCUCAACUGCGGCCUCGCCCUCCUCCGGAGCUCCAUCACGCUGUACGAGGGCAACCUGGAGCAGAGCGCGCCGGGCCACAAGGAGAAGGAGGAAGACCUCGACGACAUUGAGCACAACCUGCCCUGCCUCGCCGUCAUGCUCGACUACUCCAACCAGCUCGCCCGUCAGGACGGCCAGCUCUACCAGCUCAAGUGCGUGCCCGACGACGCGCGCCUGCCCCAGCCGGGCCACGACUCCAUGGCCAAGCUCAUGGCCUACUGGGGCCGCUUCUUCACCUUUAGCAUCGUCUUCAUCAGCAAGGCGACCUACGUGCCCCGUCUGGACCCGCACGGCACCGGCACCGGCCCCGGCGCGCGUUACAGGGCCGCCAUCCGCGCCAAGCAAAAGGUCUUCCUCGCCCAGCUGCACCGCUGGACCCCCGUGCUGCGCGAGUACGCACGGCGUCUUCCGGCCCUCGACGUUGCGGCCCGCAAGGAGCUGCGCGUCGUGCGCCUCUACUGGCUGGUCCUGUACGUGCACUUUUGCUGCUGCCAUGACCCGACCGACCUAGCCUUUGACGCCUUCACGGCCGAGUUUGACGAGAUCGUCACGGAGACGCUCGAGCUCUUUUCCGGUGACGACAAAGAUGGCGCAGGUGGAAAUCUGAGCCUGACGCUCGGCGAGGGCGUCGCGUCGCCCCUCUUCUUCGCGCUGCGCAGCUGUCGGGACCGGGCUGUACGGACGCGCGCCGCGCACGCCGUGGGGGCGGAUGCCGUGGCGCGACAGCGGGUUCCGAUGCGCAAGAUUUGCGGUUACUAUGGAAGUUGGGCCAGAAAAAAAACUACCUGCAGCAGGGGAUGCCGAGGGGUUCAAGGGGGGGGGUUUUUUCCCAUUUUCAGGAAGGGAAAGGGGGAAAACCCCCGUGUCCUUGCAAAAAAAAGUUUCGCAAGCCCCCGUUAA